GAGAGAGAGAGAGACGGGGAGAGGGAGGACACACACGCGAGACGGGGAGAGGGAGAGAGAGAGAGAGAGAGAGAGAGAGAGAGAGAGAGAAGAGACACUCGAGACAGACAGAGAGACACUCGAGACAGACAGAGAGACACUCGAGACAGA